GUUACAGGUUUCUUACCCAAUUUCUGACUUGGUUUUGUCUUCGAGUGGAGCACUUGUGCUCAGCAUUUCAACCGACAAAAUCGUGCCGUCACAGAAACUUCUAAAUCAUUGAAGCAGUCAAGUUGAAUCGUUCCUGUAUAUUGCUAAAGCCGUAUGAUCGGCACAGUCUUGAAAGCUGCUCAGCAGUUUCUUGCACUGGAAGCUGCAUAGCAGCAUUAACAUCAACAGCACUUUACUGUAGUGCUGUAGCGAUACGUUCCCGAGAAAGAGCAAGAGGUGAAAUAGAAAAUCUGAGCAUUUGCAAUUGCAACAGAUCUUUAGCAAUUAGUAUCGUUAGCAUGGAUUCUGCGACUUCAACAGAUGUCGGUUCUACCACCACAUCACAUACAACUGAUACAACAGCUAAACAUGGUCAUGAUGUAAAAGGUGGUAAUAAUAGCAAGGAUAGUGAUUCCGAAGGCGAAGGAGCUGAAGAGAUCUUGGAAGAAAGUCCAUGCAAAAGGUGGAGUAAGCGGCGUGAGCAAGUAAAACAACGUAAUGUUCCCGGGAUUGAUUAUGCUUACCUGGCAAUGGACAAUGAAACAGGCAACGAGGUGGUUUGGAACGAAGUCCUGUUCUCAGAACGCAAAAAUUUUCGUUCACAAGAAGAACACAUAAAUGCAGUUUUUGACAAGUUAACUCAUCUCGUGCAUACGAAUCUCGUUAAAUUCCAUAAGUACUGGACAGAUUCGAAAUCUGACAAACCAAGGGAAACUUUGUGCAAGAUUUGAGAAAGGAUGAAGGGAUUACUGUGGAAUUUUUAAAUUCCGGAACUACCGUGAACACAAUGACAUUUCACGAGUCAGUGGUCAUUCAGUAUGCCGGAUCAGUAAAGGUCGACAGAAUGCUUGGAACCAUUGUGGAGAAUGGGGCGGAUAAUAUUUAUAACGGAGUAUAUGUCAUCUGGUUCAUUGGCACGAUUUUUACAACGUACUCGUAAAUCUGGAGCUGCUUUAAAUUUGAAGGCCUGGAAGAAGUGGACUACGCAAAUUCUCUCUGCUUUAAAUUAUUUGCACUCAUGUAAUCCUCCAGUCGUUCACGCAAAUCUUACUUGCAACACGAUGUUCAUUCAGCAUAAUGGUUUGAUCAAGAUCGGUUGUGUCGCUCCAACUGCAAUUCAACACCAUGUGAAGACGUUUCAAGAAAAUAUCAGAAAUAUGCAUUACAUUGCGCCUGAAUAUGAACAUUGUAAUGCUGUAGCUCCGCCAGCUGACAUCUAUUCUUUUGGAAUAUGUGCACUAGAGAUGGCUUUACCUAUGGGCUUAUUCGGCUCUUCAAAUGGUACUGAAACAAGUGUAGUGUCACAGGAGAUGGUUAGGAGAGGACUGGAAUCGUUGGAAGAUCCUAUGCAGAAAGAUUUCAUUGAGAGCUGUUUGAAUUUGGACCCAUCUAAAAGGCCAACCGCUCGCGAUUUAUUAUUCCAUACUAUUUUACUUGAGGUGCAUUCUUUAAAAUUACUGGCUGCUCACUGUAUUGUCUCAUCGAAAUUGAAUAACAGUUUAAACGAAGAUGAUCUACAUGUAGAGGACCCGAAUCGCAUUGCAGCAACAUCAGAGUUUCGCGAAAUGGCCUAUAACCAGGUCCCUUCUUUUCAGGUAGAUCUGGAAAAAUUUUUGGAGGAUGUUAGUAAUGGAAUAUAUCCACUCAUAGCAUUUACCCCUCUUCCUCAUCAUCAAAGAAUGACGGCUUCGACAUCUUCAGCCGCUCUAGUUGGGGAGCAGCAAUAUGAAGAUCGCGGAUCAGAUGGUGACAAACCGGAGCCAACACCUAGCCCUCCAGCAGAUUCACCGGUGGAAUAUAAAGAAAGCAGGUCAAUCAUCAAAUGCACAGUCACGCUGAACGGGUCACUUUUAACAUUAGUUGUUCAAUUGGAUGAUAUGAUGAACCGACAGUUGACAGCUAGAAUAACUGCGGAUGAUACUGCAAGUAUAUUAGCAGCCGAAUUAGUGCAACAUGGUUUAAUAGCUGAGAGCGAUGAGGCGAGAGUGGAAGAAGCAUUCGCAAAAGCGCUUGCAAAAAACACAGUUGAUAGUACUUUGACGGAUGAAAAAAUGGUUCAAAAAGCAUCUGCACCAACGUUGUAACUGAAUAACCUGUAUUUUUUUUUCGCAAUCAUACCAAAUUGCAUUUCUUCAUAGAGAUGCUUUGUAUAAGCAGCUAGAAAAACAAGCCUUUAGAUGUCGUGACCGUACUAUUUUUUGCUGAUGUUUCAUAUUUUGGAUUCAUAAUUCCUGAGAAUUUUUGAGCUCGCGCAAAUCUUGUGUAUGAUUUAAUUAUUUCUGAAAUCAUAGUCCGUUCUCUGUUUAAAGUGAACAGUCAGUUAUAGGUGCCGUAUCAAACACCUAAGAAUGUUUUAUUACGUGUUAAGAGUUUUGAAUAAUAGAAAGUUUGAAUAAUGGACCUCUGCUCAGUUUUUGACACAGCAGAGAUAGCUC